GCGCCGGCAGCUGUGGAGUCGAAGGGAGCUGGUCCGGAUGAUCACCGAUGAGCAGCUCGUCAUCUUCGCCGACAUGCUGGGCGUGUCGCUUUUCUUGCUUGUAGUUCUCUCCCACUACGUGGCAGUCAACAAUCCCGAGAAGCAGGAAUCAAUGUGGCGCUUUCUCUGCCCCAGGGUUCCAAGACCUAGUCUGAGGCAAGAUGGAGGGUGUGAGGGGCCUUCACACUAAACUUCAUCUCUCCUACCCAUCACAGCACAUAAAGCAACUACACCUGGAUUUUUCCAAACAACUUUUAUUUCCUCAAAAGUCUUCCUUAAACCUGUGGAACAAGAAGCUGCCAAUGAAUAGGGCCCAGUAUAAGGGCUACUUUCUUCUCUA